AAUACAUAGUAAAUUCAAAACUAAAACAGGCAAAAGCAACAAUAAUAUAUGUAUUUAAAUUGAAACACCUCAACUACAAAGAGCCAUUUCAAUUGUUAACUAGGAACUACAGGAACAAUCGCAGCUUCCUUCAGCUCCAACAAUGCAUUGGCACACAAGACGGCCGCCUUUGCUGCCGCCAAUCAAGCGUAUACGGUUUCAAAGCAAAUGGAAGUAAGGUUUCUCACAGACACUCUUUAAAUUACGCACACCGCACAAAUAUGCCAUCAAUGCCAAUAAAACCAGCAAAAGCAGCAACCACAAAGACUAAAGCAGGCGAAAGUCCGCCAACAAUGCAAUCAACGCCAACACUCGCAAUGCCAGCAUCAUUAGCCACAACAAACGCCAUCAAGAAUGCGCAAAUAAAGUCCUGCGUAAUAGCUAUGGCAGCAGUAAUGCGUGCCGCAACAACAGCUUGUGCCACGAUAUUGGUUAGAACAGCAACAACAACAAUAGUUGUAUUUAUUGCCGCAUUGUUUGUGGCCUACUCAGGGACUGCUGUGGCGGCGGCAGCAGCGGCGGCGGUAGCGGUGGCCAGUAACACUAACGUCCCGCACUUGGAAGCAGUUGGCAGUGAAAGAACCAUCGGAGAGGCAAUCACAACAGGCACAGCAACUGUCAAUGGUUCCUUGCGCUUAGCUGACGCUAUUCAGUCAGCAGGCGCAACGCCGCCCACGCAGGCGGAUCAACCGAAAUACUUAAGCUUCGUGGCGAAUGUGUUGCUCAAUGGCAAUGGAGGCAAUGUCAAUGGUAAGGGCAUUGGCACUGGCGCUGGCUUUGAUGGUACGGCACUUGAAGGUGGCAGUAGUAGCAACAAUUUAGUUCCUAUCAAAUCGGCAGCAGCUAUUGCCGCAUCUGUAACGUCGUUCAAUGAUUCGGUAGCGUCUGCGGUAACAUCGACGUCUGCAUCAACGCCAACGACAACAUCUGAAUUGUCUUCGUACUUGGCAUUUGUCAUAUUCAAAUGUUGCGUGAUUUGUUUCAUCAUACUCGCCGCCAUACUUGGCAAUGCGCUGGUGAUUGUGUCCGUUAUGUGGCAUCGGAAGCUGCGAAUCAUCACGAAUUACUUUGUGGUUUCAUUGGCUGUGGCUGACAUGUUGGUGGCCCUUUUGGCGAUGACAUUCAACGCUUCCGUAGAGAUUACCGGCCGAUGGAUGUUCGGUGCGGUGAUGUGUGAUAUGUGGAAUAGUUUCGAUGUCUAUUUUUCAACGGCCAGCAUCAUGCAUCUCUGCUGCAUUUCAGUGGAUCGAUAUUAUGCGAUUGUGCAACCACUCGAUUAUCCACUGAUUAUGACACCACGACGUGUAGUGUUUAUGCUGCUAAUGGUUUGGAUACUACCUGCUUUUCUCUCCUUUUUACCCAUCUGUUCCGGUUGGUAUACGACAGAGGAAAAUUGGAAAUAUUUGAAAACUAAUCCACACAUUUGUGAAUUUAAAGUUAAUAAAGCGUACGCCAUUGUUAGUUCAUCGAUGAGCUUCUGGAUUCCUGGCUUCGUUAUGGUUUUUAUGUAUUAUCGCAUUUAUCAGGAGGCAGUCCGGCAGGAGCGUCUUGUUUACAGAUCCAAAGUGGCUGCCUUGCUGUUGGACAAACAUUUGCAGAUUAGCCAAAUACCCAAACCACGCCCGAGCAUACAAGUCGAACAGUCGACCAUCACAACAAUGCGUCGUGAGCGGAAAGCCGCACGCACGCUAGGCAUUAUAAUGAGCGCAUUUUUACUAUGCUGGGCGCCGUUCUUCCUAUGGUAUUUGGCCUCCACGCUCUGUUCUAGUUGUACCACACCACGCAUUGUUGUCGGUCUGCUCUUUUGGAUUGGCUACUUCAACUCUGCCUUGAAUCCAAUCAUUUAUGCUUAUUUCAAUCGCGAUUUUCGCGGCGCUUUCAAGGAAACGCUAAAGUCCUGCUGUCCAUACGACCUCAUAAAUUGUCGUGUCAGUGCGGGCGCUGACUUACCGCCAUACAUCAAUUCGACCGCCUCCUCCGAAAUACAUAUGAACAUUAUACGCACGCGGCAAUAUGCCACGUCGUCAUCGAAUCAGCUGCAAACGCUUUACCAAAAUUGAAAGCAGGACACACGGAUGAGUAUUAGUUAAUAUUGAAAGAAUGUAAGCCAGUGGUGAUAAGCAAGAAAUGUAGUAAAAAUUCAUACAAAAUUCAAGAAUGAUCCUGUACGUGCGAGGAAUAAAAUCCAGCAACCCAAUCAACUCAGCCAAACAAAAAAAGCAACCAAAGGAGCUCGAAAGUAAACAAUAAUAAAUAUAUUAUGUCUAAGUAUGUGUACAUAUACAUAUGUGUAAGUAGGAUGUAUGUGGUUUGUUAUUAGAAAUAAUUAGAUAAAUAAACAAAAAUAUGUUAUUACAUGUAAUGUACAUACUACUGCUUAGCUUAUAAGAAAUUAUAAUUUAAUUGAGUAAAGACACAACUUAGAAAAUACUCGUACAUACAUACUUGGUAAUACUUAGAGUUAAUACUAAGAGCUAAAAAUAUGUAUGUAGAUACUAUACUGUGGUUAUAUACAUGUGUAUCUAUGUAUUUGUGAGCAUAACUAAUCAUAGUUUAAGUAAAUUCGAGGAUUUGGGUACUGUAUCGUAGUAAGUUUUUCGAGAAUAACAGACAGCAGUUUAUAAGCUACAAAAUAUCGCGACAAUCCCACAGAAUUGACAAAGCCUUGAAAGAUAUAAGCUAAUAAAAUACCUGCAUGAAUACUAGCAUACAUAUACAUACAUACUUACAUACAUUCAGAAAAAGAAAUGUGGAAAAAUGAUAGAACAUUUAUGUGCUAUGAUUAAAUAUAAUACAUAGAGUUCUGAGCGUAUUUAAAGCUUCGUUGAUACAAGUUAUACCCUACAUAUGAAAAAAUACGGAAAAUAAGUUUCAAACAUAUUGAACAGCUGCCUUCUUUCUUAACAGUACACACGGGACCUGUGUACAUUGGGUUGCAACAUUAAAAAAUGGGGUAUAUUUUAUGUAUUGCUCCCUCCAGAAUAUUAUUUAUUCAGAAACAAUGUAAAUAUAUGUAUAGGUUAGGUUGGUUAGGUUGGUGUGGCAGUCAGAUAACAAACUCACUUAGACUUUGCAGGUCUAUUGCGAUACCGCUGCGAAGCACGGAACCUCAGUGACUAUUUUUCAUAGAACUAUUUUGAUGCUCUUCUAAAGCGUAGGGCUGAUUUUAUUCCUACAUCGGCUAAUUCUCUAAGAGAACCAAAGAAGUGCCUAACUAAAAAGCGUGCUCUGCUCUUCACCAAAGUUGGGCAGCUGCAGAAGAAGUGCUCGACUGGUUCUUCCUCUCCCUCAUCUCUGCAACAUCUGUAAUAUUCAUGGGAAAAUGUUCCUACUCUCGAAGAGGGUCUACCAGAUAGCUGGUUACAUAAUCCAUGACUACUGCAAUGUCCUUUCUUGAAAGGUUGAGAAACUAUUUCGUCGUUUUCUUCGCUAUUUGUAGCCGUAGUUGCUUGGUUGUUCUACGAGUGCCCUCUUCUAGCUAUGUGCUAUCGCUUUUUAUAGACGUCUUACGUCGCUUUCUUUCUUUUUUCCUCUUCACUCUACUACAUCUUCCUUCUUACUAAUGUAAAAUUUUCAGUUUUAAAAAUUUCACUCUCUAUUUUUGCGAUACCGUCGCCUAAGAAGUUUCAUUUCAAAAAUAUUCACCAAGGAAUAAAAUUCCCAUCUUCCUCCUCACUAUAACUCAUUUCAAGAGCAAUCAAUUUUGAUUUGUUCUCUUUUCGCCACUCAAAAUAUUACUCCUCAUAAAAGAGCGUUCUGUCUCUUCUGUUCAUCUAGCUUUCGUCGCUCAGUUGUUUUAAGCGUUGAGCGCAAGAGCGCUUAUUAAGCAAUCCGUUUAUUUAUGCCCUAAAUUUGAUGCGCCGCUUCCUUGGUUGGUUCUCAGAGAUUUUUAUUGAUUUAUUCUUUACUCUUUUACCGGUUUCUGAAUUGAAAGCUUGGCGUAAAAACCGGGUUUGUUGUUUUUGUGUGUUUAAAAGUAAAUCAAUUAAAACUGAAGCAAAUAAAAUACAUUUUUUUUUAGAGUUGCAACUUGGAACUCAGCGAGACGCAAAUUUCCACCUCUAGAUCCAUUCCGCAGAAUUUGUGAUGAGUUUUGAGGAUAUUAAAGAAAUGUAGCAGCAGGGGGUCCACUGAAACCAGUAAAAUUUUGAAAGUGGUCUGCGAGAAAAAAAUGUUUGGCAACCUCUGUCACCAUUGUCAACUACGACCACAGACUAUCAAAGAAUUAGGACGCGUAUACAACGGUCGUCUCAUAUUCCAGCACAUCUAACAGAGUUGUUGAAAGACAUCAAGCCUUAUUCAUUUAGAGAUUUCUAGCAAUAGAAAAGCGUGGUGAUUUCUAAAAUCCUACAACAGUUCUCAUCUGGUCUAUUUACGAAAUAAGAAAAUGUUUUCGGUUUAAUACUUCCGAGAAGAAACGCAGCAAGAACUGUACCAGACAAUUGAUGGGAUUUAAGACCGACACUUCUGACAGAAUGAGCCGUUAUUCGUUAGUAGAUCGAUGUAGUAAUUUUUAUUAGGACCACAGGCAAAAAAUGACCAUCAUCUGUUACUUUUAUCAAUGUGUGUGAUUUCCUAUCCCUCUCACUCUUAUGAUUUGACAAAAACUUUUAAGAAUGUGUUAGUAAAGAAUCCCCCAUUUUUGUAGUUUUAGUCAGCCUCGUCUUUCCGGAAGGCUAAACUUGCUCUUGUAACAAUCAAACGACAAAGAUGAGUCAUCUUCAAAUCGCAUAUUUUAAACUUAAAAGCUCACCUUGCCUAAUUACCUGUUUAACCAUUUUUUUAACUUAUUCUGAACAUUCUUCAAACAUACAUAUCCAUUUCUUCAACAAUUUUUCUCCUGUAGGGUAUAAUAAAAAUUAUAUAC